AUGCGCUCGCUCCAGGAGGAGCUCUUCCCGUCCCCCGCCUUCCGUGCGUGGCUGAGCAUCGUCUCGCGGCUGAUGCCGAUGCGGUAUGCAGUCGAGGCGAGGCGGUUCCGCCCGGGUUUGGACUAUACGCUUGCGACGAGUGAGGAGAGGGAGGCGCGGUUGGAUGUGGUCCUAGGGCUGACGCCUCCCGUGAGGGAGAGCGAGUCGGAGGACGAGGGCGAUCGGUUCAAACGCGUAAGGGAGAGGGAGGUGAGGGGCUGGGCGGUAGCUGAGUGGGGUGGCUGGGAGUGUUAUAUGGCACCGCACAACGAGGAAGACGACCCGGCGAUCUACCGCUCGAGCACGCACAAAAAAGCCAAAGGCGCGCCACCUUCAAAUAGCGCCAAUGGGCACACCAAUGGGAACGGCGCCGAGGCGUCGUCCUCGUCCAAAGCAUCUACAUCCAAAAUCAACGGUCACGGCCAAGGGGACUCACACACUCAUCGCGACCACGACCACGAAAACGACGCCUCCGCCUCCGACCAACCCACCCACUCCGAUCUACCCGCAGACAUCACCACCUCCUCCGCAGACAUCGACGCUGACGACCUCGAGCCCCCCGAGUCCGUAGACGACCCAAUGGAAGCCGACAUCGACGACGAAGAGGAAGACAGUACCCUGCUCACGGUGCAGCCGGGGUACAACCGCCUGCUGCUCGUCCUGCGCGACGAGCGCGUGAUGCGGUUCGUCAAGUACGUUUCUGGCGCGGCGGAGGGCUCGCGCUGGGAUGUGUGUGGUGAGUAUGAGGUGGGGAUCGUGCAGGAUUUGGGGGAGGAGGAGGAUCUAUAG